UGGGGGCCCCAGGCCCUCGCUCUGGCAGCGAUGACGGAAGGGCCCAGGCACUGGCGCGGGACCCCCAGCGUGCGCGUGUGGCCAGAGCGUGAGACCGUGCGGCUGGUAGUGGUGCUGAAUGUCCGAGCGGGCGAACGAGAGUGUGUGGCACGUCGCGUCCUCGAGUGUGCAUUUGCGGGGCUAUGUGGUGUGCGUGGGAGCGGGCGCGCGUGGGCACUGCUGACUGUGUUGGUUUGCACUCGCGAUGGGCUCAUUUUCUCCAGUGCGCGUGGCGAUGUGCGUGUCUUGGGAUGCGUGUGAGGGGUUCACGUCGUGGGAGUGAGCGUCCAUCCUCGGACUCCGGUUUUCUGGGUUUGGGUGGUGGCGGGCGAGUCUCCGAGGUUGCGCCCGGGACCCAUAGGGUUCGCGGUCCUCCGCCUCUGCACGCAGCUGGGGCCAGACCACCGAGGAGGCGCGCAGCCUGUGGCCCACCCGGAGCCGUCUCCGCGGUUUUGCGGGAGCCCUGCUCUGUGGAUCCUUGUUGCCACCGGCUCCGGUCCCACUUGGGGAUGCGAGACAAGCGCCCUCCUCUCUCUAAGCCUCAGUUUCCCCAUUCGUCCAAAGGGGCGUGGAGGCGGACUUGGGUGGCAGGGCGCAGUGGCUGGUGGCGGGUGCACUCAACAAGCCAGGGAAGGGAGAGCCGAUUCUGCGCUGGGGAAGGGCUUUUUUACCUGGCAUCAGGUAGAUGGGUUUGAUUUCGGCUUCGGAUAGAUGUCGUGGCGCUAACCUAUUUAGAGAUGAGGAAUAAGCCGAGGGGCGGUGGUCCGCUUAAACUUUGGCCCUUCGGCCUGGGAUGAGAGGGGGCCGCUUCUGGAAUUCUAACGUGCUUGUUCUGUCUCCCCUCCCCAGGAGCCCGGCGCUACCCCCAGCCGUGCGCCCCGCCCCGGCGCCAUGCAUUGCGAGGUGGCCGAGGCACACUCGGACAAGAGGCCCAAGGAGGCCCCCAGUGCGCCGGGUCCCGGCCGCGGGCCCGCCAGCCUCGGCGCGCACAUGGCCUUCAGGGUCACCGUGAGCAGUGGCGGCUGUGGGGACAGGGGCCCGCGGGAUCUGCUAGCACGAACGCCCGCGCCACCGCGCGCCCACAACCUCCUCCGGCCCAGAAGCCCCCGAGAAUACGGCCCGUCCAAGGCCGCCGCCGGGAAGGUGAACGGGAGCUACGGCCACUGCACCCCGGGCUCAGAGAAGAGCCUGCUGGACCUGGACCUUGUUGAGGGUCCCAGCCCCACCUGCUGCCAGGGCCUGUUUCUCCCUGCGGGAACCCCGCCACCCCGGGGUCACCCCCCAGCCUGCGAGAGGCUGCUGCAUUUCCCCCACCCUAACAGGUCACCCAGACCCCAGGCCGCAUACAUGAACGGCAGCCUCCCAACCACACAACACAUCAAGCAGGAAUCCCUGCCGGACUUCCAGGCCAUGGCCGAGGCCCGCACGCCCCUAUCUGCCCACUGCCGGGCCCCACCGGCCACCGGCCUGCACAUAGACCUGGACCUCCCCGGCCGAGGCCUCGCCAACCCUGCACCUUCCUGCUACCUUCUGGGCAGCGAGCCCAGCUCCGGCCUGGGUCCCCAGCCCGAGGCCCGCCUCCCCGAGGGCAGCCUGAAGCACUGCUGCCUCCUGGGCCUGCCCCCCACCUCCUCAGCCUCCUCCUCGCCCUGCGCCUCCUCCGACGUCACCGCCAUCAUCCGUUCCUCCCAAACGGCUCUGGUCACCUGUGUAAAUGGACUCCGGAGCCCGUCUUUGCCGGGAGACCUGGGGGGCCCUCCCAAGCGGGCCCGCUCUGGCCCUGCACCCAUUGACACCCAUGAGGGCAGCUUGCAACUUGAAGCCUGCCGGAAGGCGGCCUUCCUGAAGCAGGAGCCUGCAGAUGAGUUCUCAGAGCUCUUUGGGCCUCACCAGCAGGGCCUGCCGCCCCCCUACCCCCUGCCUCAGUUGCCAACUGGCCCUGGCCUCGGAGGCCUGGGGCUGGGCCUGGCGGGCGGGGCGGUGGCCGGGCGGCAGGCGUGCCGCUGGGUGGACUGCUGUGCAGCCUACGAGCAGCAGGAGGAGCUGGUGCGGCACAUUGAGAAGAGCCACAUCGAUCAGCGCAAGGGCGAGGACUUCACCUGCUUCUGGGCUGGCUGCGUGCGCCGCUACAAGCCUUUCAAUGCCCGCUACAAGCUGCUCAUCCACAUGAGGGUGCACUCCGGUGAGAAGCCCAACAAGUGCAUGUUUGAAGGCUGCAGCAAGGCCUUCUCACGGCUGGAGAACCUCAAGAUCCACCUGAGGAGCCACACGGGCGAGAAGCCGUACCUGUGCCAGCACCCAGGCUGCCAGAAGGCCUUCAGCAACUCCAGCGACCGCGCCAAGCACCAGCGCACGCACCUCGACACGAAGCCGUACGCCUGUCAGAUCCCCGGCUGCUCCAAGCGCUACACGGAUCCCAGCUCCCUCCGCAAGCACGUAAAGGCCCAUUCAGCCAAAGAGCAGCAGGUGCGUAAGAAGCUGCACGUGGGCCCUGAUACGGAGGCCGAUGUCCUGACCGAGUGUCUGGCCCUGCAGCAGCUCCACGCAGCCUCACAGCUGGCUGCCAGUGACGGGAAGGGCGGCCGAGCCCCAGGCCAGGAGCUGCUCGCAGGUGUGUUUCCCGGCUCCAUCACCCCUCACAACGGGAUUGCAUCAGGCAUCCUGCCCCCCACGCAUGACGUCCCUUCCAGGCAUCACCCGCUGGACGCCAGCACCGGUUCCCACCACCAUCUGUCCCCUCUGCCCAUGGCUGAGGGCUCCAGGGACGGGUUGGGGCCUGGCCUCCUCUCGCCCAUGGUCAGCCCACUGAAGGGGCUCGGGCCACCGCCGCUGCCACCGUCCUCCCAGAGCCAUUCCCCCGGGGGCCAGCCCUUCUCCACGCUGCCCAGCAAGCCAUCCUACCCGCCCUUCCAGAGCCCUCCGCCCCCGCCCCUGCCCAGCCCACAAGGCUACCAGGGCAGUUUCCACUCCAUCCAGAACUGCUUCCCCUACGGCGACUGCUACCGGACCACUGAGCCCGCGGUCGGUGGGGACGGACUGGCCGGCGAAGCCCAUGGUUUCAACCCCCUGCGGCCCAACGGCUUCCACAGCCUCAGCGUGCCCCUGCCUGCCACAGGUGAGCCCUGCCCGCCUGCUGCCCUGCCCGACACCCUCCGAGGCCCUGCCCGUGCAAUGUCCUGCAGCCUGUGGACAGCCUAUGCGGGAGGGUCAUCACCGCUGUGCAGAGAAGGAACUAGAAGGUCGGGAGGCCCACAGAACCAGGAUUGGCACCCUGCUUGUGAAGUCAGUGUCCCUCCCACAGUUUCACUCGGCUUAUAUGUGUCUGGACCUGACAGGUUUCUGAAGACUCAGACUGGGAGCUCAUGGUCUAAUUAAUGCUUCACUCCAAAUAUUUAUUAAGCACCUACUGUGUGGUGGGCACAGGUGCAGGCCCUGGGGAUAUAGCAGGGAAUGAACUGAAUACUGAUUUCCAUUUAACAGAUGAGGAAACCAGGGGAGGACAGAGCCUGGAACUGUGCUCUUUCCUGGGUGCAUCUGUGCCUCCCCAGGUGAUGCCCCGGCCCGGGCAGAGAGGCCCAGGGGGAGGGGAGGUCACACAGCCCAGGGGGGUCGGGCUCAGACCAGCAGGCCCAGGCCUGGUCAGAGCAGGGGCAUCAGAUGGGUGGGCUGGACCCACCCUGAAUUCCCCAGGCCAAGCCCCCCCGCAUGGCCGCAGGCCCAGGUCUAGCUGGGGCACACGAGAGCCCAGAGUGGAGCCCGACACCUGCCACAGAGGCCCCUCGGGCAGCACUGAGUAUGUGCAGCCGGGGCUGGAAGGACAGGAACACAGAAACAGGCACCGAGGCCUCAGGUAGGCACACACGAACCUGUGGGUCCACGUCCCCACACCUGCUCCAUGGCUGUAGUCUGUCUUCACGUGUCUGUGUGUGCCUGAGCAGGUAGGGUGGCACAGGUGGGCAGUGUGAGCCCCCGUGAGCGUGUAAGGAGCUUGCAGGGCAGACACAGUCAUGUCUGCCCUGUGUACUCAUAUCAUACUGUGCUGCUGUCCGUGUGCCCCGUCUGUGCGCACAUUGUGUUACCCGCCCCAUGCCUCAUGUCUGUUUCCACAGACAUGUAUGUGCAUGUGUGUGAUGUGGCUGUUUCAGAGGAGCGUGCUUGUGUGCCUGUGUUCAACUACAGAGUCCAUAUGCCCAUGUGUACAGGCCCCCUACACCAGGAUGGGCGGUUUUUUGGCCUCCCUUCUCCCCAGUGCCCAUUCCGGGCCCGGCUCAGCUGCCCACACCUCCUCUGUCAAUCCAAGAACAGACACACAGCAUCAAAUCCAGACUGUGACAGGCUGAUGGGGCUGCAGGGCCUCGGAACAGCUCAGCCAACCCCAUUGCAUAGAUGGGAAGACUGAGGCCUACCUUUCUUAGACCACACAAGCUCAUGACAGCAGCUUAGGGACAGGACCUCUGAGCAGUGACCUUACCCUGGAGACAGCAUGUCCAGGGAAAGAGCCAGGCAUCUUCAGAGCCAGAGGGACCUGGGUUCAAGUCCCAGCUCCUCUCCUUACUGGCAGUGUGACCUUAGGCAAGUGUCCUGCCCUCUCUGAGCCUGUUUUCCCAAUUCUAUAAUGGGAUAAUGAAUCCUACCUCAUCAUUGUGAAGCUUAAGUGAAAUAAGGCUUGCAUGAGCAUUUAGUAAGUGCCCAGGAAAUUCUGUUUCCCUUCUUUGGGCUUCUUGUAUCUAGUGGAGAGGAGGAACCUGAAGGAGUGGGGGUGAGCCAGGUCCUUCUGCCAGGAGGGGACCGACCCUUGAGGGCAAAGGCUGUGUUACUCGCAGCCCUGCCCUUCCUCACCCCCGCAAGUCUGCCCCACAGUCCAGAGCCAGCCUGUGCCUAUCUUCCCUGCUGCCCUGGGCCCCGGGGUGUGCAAGGCCUAGAACACCUUCCGACCCCCUCCCCACCCAUCCAUCGGCUCCCCCAUCUGGAAAAGCAGGGGCUCAGAGCAGGCCCCUCCAAGGGGACGCCGUGAGGAGGGACCCUGGGCAGGCAGGGUGGUGGCUGGGAAGCCCCUGCCGUCCUCCAGCCCUGACCCUCCCCCACCC